GUAGAAUUUUGGCACCAGUGUUUGAGUAGACUUCCUCAGACCCUCACACACCACCGUCCACAAGGCUCUCAUCCUCAUCAUGAAGACGUGUCUGGCAGUACUCUUGUUUGGUGUGGCAGUCAGUGCCGGGCCCCAGAACUACAACUACCAGCCACCCCCACAGCCAAUUGUACCUAUUUACGAGCCUCCCCAUCCAACCAUCGUACCUAUUUACGAGCCUCCCCAUCCAACCAUCGUACCUAUUUACGAGCCUCCCCAGCCAACCAUCGUACCUAUUUACGAGCCUCCCCAUCCAACCAUCGCUCCUAUUUACGAACCUCCUCAUCCAACCAUCGUACCUACUUACCAACCUCCCCAUCCAACUAUCGCUCGACUCUAUACACCUCCAAAACCAACGUCCGCCCCAACAACUACCACAACUUCGGGCUACAACUACGACACUCCCACUACCAAGAGUGCCCGGAACGAGGAAUGGCCGUACAACUUCAAGUGGGGCGUCCAGGACAGUUACAGUGGAAAUGACUUCGGCCAAAUGGUGAACAGCGAUGGACGCACUACCCAGGGGGAGUACCGCGUCCUACUGCCCGACGGACGCACUCAGGUCGUCAGAUUUGUCGACAACGGCGACGGAUACAACGCUGAGGUCAUCUACGAGAAUUAAACCGACCUGGUCUGGACCUGCCUGAUUGUGAUCUGGUCUGGACCUGCCUGAUUGUGACCUGGUCUCGACCUGCCUGAUUGUGACCUGGUCUCGACCUGUUUCAUUGUGACCUGGUCUCGACCUGCCUGAUUGUGACCUGGUCUCAACCUGCCUGAUUGGGACCUGGUCUCGACCUGCCUGAUUGUGACCUGGUCUCGACCUGCCUGAUUGGGACCUGGUCUCGACCUACCUGAUUGUGACCUGGUCUGGACCUGCCUGAUUGUGACCUGGUCUCGACCGGCCUGAUUGUGACCUGGUCUCGACCUGCCUGAUUGUGAUCUGGUCUCAACCUGCCUGAUUGUGACCUGGUCUCGACCUGCCUGAUUGUGACCUGGUCUCGACCUGCCUGAUUGUGACCUGGUCUGGACCUGCCAGACUGCGACCGCUGAUGAUUCACGACAUUGCUGAUCACAUAACAAUUGAUGUUGUAUAUUUAUGUAUUUAUCGAACUUGGUCUUCUUUGAUUGGCCUUUAAUACCAAUAAUACCAAAGUAAAGAACACGAAAACAA